AUGCCGCCAGAGAAGAAAAUUGAAAAACGCUUAGCUGAAAUGGUGGUGAAUAUAACAGCUCUCAAUGCCCAGUGUGACGUAGUCGAAAAAUUCAUUAAACAAUUCGACGAAGAUCGCGAUCAAUGCCAAAUUCCCGUUCGGAUUGAAUCGCUUGACCGAGUGUAUAAAGCGUUUUUGACAGUGCAGGAAGAAAUCGAGAGACUGGACGAUCCAGAGAUGCUGGAGACUCACUUGUCUGACAGAUCUAAAUUCGAGAACAGAUAUUGUGUAGCAAAGGGCUUUUUAUUAGCAAAGCGUAGUGACGAUGUGAACCGUACCGUGCUUAAUGCUUCCCUACCUGGUAGUGCACCUGUCGUUUCGAACUACCACCUGAGGCUACCCAAGAUAGACCUCCCAAAGUUUAGUGGCGAGUUUUCAAAAUGGAUGUCUUUUCGUGACACCUACAUGUCGAUGGUGCAUUCAAAUGUCGACAUACCCACCGUAGCCAAGCUGCAAUAUCUUCUCCAGUCGCUAGAGGGUGAAGCGCAUAAACCGUUUGAAAGCAUAGAUGUGGUAGCAGAUAACUACGCAGCCGUAUGGGACAAUUUGCUCAAGCGGUAUGAUAACAAGAGAUUUCUGAAAAAGCAAUUGUACCGCGCUCUGCACGAUUUACCCGCAAUAAGGAAGGAAUCCGCCACCGAGCUUCAUGAGCUCCUAGAUGAAUUUCAUCGUCACGUUAAGGCACUCGCUAAACUAGGAGAACCAAUUGAGCACUGGGACACUCCGCUAAUCAAUAUGCUAUCGUACAAGCUCGAUCCCGCAACAAUUCGAGCAUGGGAAGAAAAGGCCAGCCAAGUGGAUGAUGAAAAUGUGAAAUUUACCGAUCUGAUAGACUUUCUAUACCAGCGGGUGCGAAUAUUAAAAUCGGUAUCUUCUGACAUACUCCAACGUGUUCAGCCGGUUCAAUCAAAGGUGGCCGGCAAUGCUCACGCUCCGAAGAAGUUUUUCUCAUCCAGAAUCGCAGCCAACGCCGCUGCGUCCGAGUGUAAAUCUAAUACUCCAUCCUGCCAUGCCUGCUCUGACAAACACUAUCUGUUCGAAUGCCCGACGUUCACAAAGAUGUCGGUCCGUUCUCGUCGAGAACUCGUCUCGCAACGUAAGCUCUGCUGGAACUGUUUCCGAACCGGACACUCCGCCAAAAAAUGUUAUUCCAAAUUUACCUGCCGCACCUGUCGAGAGCGGCAUCACACGAUGCUUCAUGAUACCCCGCAAGUUGGCAAGAAUUCAUCCACCACUCCAGUCGUUACCACUCCCCAAGAGGAACCGCAGCCCGGUCCAUCCAAGUUGUCACGUGUGGACUCACAAGAGGCCCCCACGUCGUCGAAAUUCCAAAGGGUUAGUAUGGCGGUUCAAGCCUAUACAAGCACAGUUCUGCUGGAGACAGUCGCACUGAACGUCGUCGAUGAUAACGGGAAGGUGUUUCAAGCCCGAGCGCUUCUAGAUUCGGCUUCAAUGUCAAACUUUAUGUCCAAGAAGUUCGCUAAACUUCUCUCCAAUCGUCAAUCCAAGGUGGAUAUUACCGUGGCUGGUAUCGGCCAUUCCGUGCAGAAGAUGAAGCGCUCCAUCACCACCACCAUUAAAUCCAGAGUUGGUUCGUUCGAUACCAAACUCAAGUUCCUGCUAAUCGACAAUCCUAGUGCCGAUCUACCUACCGUUCCGGUUCAAAUUUCCACUAUGGAGAUCCCAGACGUUCCGAUAGCCGAUCCGCAGUAUUUUGUUCCCAGCGAAGUCGACGUAGUUAUUGGCGGUGAGGCAUAUUGGGAAGUACAUACAGGAAAAACGCUCCACUUAGGUCCAGGAUUACCGCAUAUGGUUGAAACCUUGUUCGGUUGGACAUUCUCCGGUCCGACGUGCAUCGAUUCUUGCGGUACGACAGCCUGUCUCCUAUCGACCAAGGUAGAUAUUCUUGAUGUCACCCUCCGAAAAUUUUGGGAGAUCGAGACUAUCCCAACUCAAUCGACCCAUUCCACUGAUGAGCGGACCUGCGAGGAACUGUACGAGAAAACCACCACCCGAAGCAACACUGGGCGAUACAUAGUUCGCCUACCCAAAACGGAUAAUCCAGAUAUCGUCUUGGGAGAUUCCCGAAGCAUCGCUGAACGUCGGUUCCUCAGCUUAGAGCGCCGUUUAGAACGAAGCCCGGACGUCAAAACUGCAUACCAUCAAUUUAUGGCAGAUUAUGAGCGUCUAGGGCACAUGAAACGUCUUGAUGAACCAGUAGACAGCAGUAUGCUGCACUGCUUCUUGCCCCAUCACCCUGUUUUUAAGUCAUCCAGUACCACAACCAAAACAAGAGUGGUGUUUGACGCGUCGUGCAAGACAGCGUCGGGUCAUUCCCUAAAUGACUUACUUCUAGUCGGCCCAGUCGUGCAACAAGAUUUGUUGUCACUUAUUAUGAGAUUCCGUUCUCACACAGUCGCUUUGGUUGGCGACAUUGAAAAAAUGUAUCGUCAAAUACAACUCCAUGAGGACGAUCAGCCACUCCAACGGAUUCUAUGGAGAACAGGUCCAGAAGAUCCCAUAGCAUCGUAUCAACUCCAAACGGUAACCUAUGGCACCGCGUCUGCCCCAUACCUUGCCACCAAAACGCUACAAAGACUUGCUAAAGAUGCAGCUGAACGCUUCCCCGCUGCCGCCGGGCCCGUUACUGAUGACUUCUAUGUCGACGAUUUUUUGUCUGGAGCCCCAGACGUCAAGACAGCACUCCUACUUCGCCGCGAAGUCUCCGCAAUGCUCGAGUCAGCAGCACUCCCAAUCAAGAAGUGGGCAUCCAAUUCACUCGAGGUUCUCGAAGACAUUCCACCAGAAGACCAAGCAAUCCAGCCUUGGUACGAUCUCCAAGAUGAGCAGUCCGUGAGCACUCUCGGCUUAGUGUGGGAGCCCCGCUCCGAUUCUCUCGGUUUUAAAGUACAACUUCCCCUGCCUGCGGCCACUCUAACGAAGCGUACGAUCAUGUCGUACAUAGCACGAAUUUUCGACCCCUUAGGACUAGUGGGUCCGGCUGUUACCAAAGCAAAAAUCUUCAUGCAGCGCAUGUGGGCGCUGAAAACCUCCGAUGGCAAACGUUUUGAUUGGGACCAGCCUUUACCGCAAACCCUGCAGCUUGAGUGGAAAGAGUUCCACAAUACCAUCGACCUACUACGCCAAGUACGAGUUCCACGUUUUGUUGCAAUUCCGGACGCAAUCAGUAUUGAACUGCAUUUUUUCGCCGAUGCGUCAGAGAAGGCGUACGGCACCUGUUGUUUCGUUCGUGCUCAAUCAUCCCAACAAGUAACUGUUCAGCUCCUAACCUCCAAAUCAAAGGUGGCACCGCUCGCCGCACGUCAUACCAUCGCCCGGUUGGAGCUCUGUGCAGCUCAUCUAUCAACACAGCUCUACAAGAAGGUGGCAGCUGCUCUCAAAUUUCCCUAUACAGCAUAUUUUUGGUCCGACUCCACAACAACCCUUCAGUGGAUCCGUUCGUGCCCCGGACGUUGGAAGACCUUCGUGGCGAAUCGGGUCACACACAUCCAGCUUGCAAGUCCAAUGGACAACUGGAAGCAUGUAGCAGGUAUUGAUAACCCGGCCGACGAUAUAUCCAGAGGUUUGAGCCCCGCCGAAAUCCUAAACAAAACACGUUGGUGGAAUGGACCACCAUGGCUUGCUCUACCUCGGGAAUCCUGGCCUGCUGGUGCACUUUCCAAUGUAGAACCACCCGAAUUAUCACAAGAAAGCAGAAAGACUCCGAUUGUCGUCAUGACCGCAACUCAAAUCAACUUUAACGAAAGACUGUUUUCCCGUUUCUCAUCAUAUUCCAAGCUUCGUAGGACUGUUGCUUACUGCCUGCGGUAUUGUCAACUGCUGCGUGACCGGGCGAUCUUUCACCGCAGCAACCCAGCAACAUAUACACCGCUCAUCGUAAAGGGGACCACAAAUGCACCCUUUCAAGCACUGACUACAGAUGAACUUCACUCAGCCGAAAGAAUCCUCUGUCGUCUGGCCCAGCACGAUUCGUUUCCCGAAGAGCACAGUGAUCUCGCUGCUGGUGAUUUCGUUUCCAAAACCAGUCCUCUUAAGUGGUUGAGUCCCCAAUAUGACCAGUUCGGAAUCAUCCGCGUUGGCGGACGAUUGAGCAAUUCUGAACUACCGGAAUAUGUUAAACAUCCCAUUGUACUGAGCGCCAAACAUCCAUUGGCCAAUUUAUUGGCAGCAUACUACCAUAAAAGAUUGCUGCACGCUGGACCUCUGCUGAUGCUUUCCAGCCUGCGCCAGAAAUUCUGGAUUUUAGGUGGGAGAAAUCUAGUUCGACGAAUUUUUCAUCAAUGCCAUGUCUGCUUCCGAAAGAAGCCCCAGUUAAUUCAACAAAGUGUAGCUGACCUUCCAUCAUCCCGAGUAACUCCUGCUCGCCCAUUCACCAUCUGUGGAGUAGAUUAUUGCGGCCCAUUUUACGUGAAAUCUGAAAUACGGAAAAGAGGGCCAACGAAGGUUUAUGUAGCAAUAUUCGUUUGCUUUUCGACACGAGCCGUCCAUAUAGAGCUCGUGAGCGAUCUCACCACAGCUGCAUUUCUAGCUGCACUUCGUCGAAUGAUCUCCGAUAGAGGGUGGCCUACGGAAAUUCAUUCGGACAAUGCUACCACGUUUAAAGGUGCUUCCAACGAACUUCGCCGCUUGUACGAAAUAUUUAAGAACGACCAAGCGGCACGAACUGAGAUUUUCACAUGGUGUGCGAAUAAUGAAAUUCGAUGGAAAUUCAUUCCACCCCGCGCCCCUCACUUCGGAGGAUUGUGGGAGGCUGCCGUAAAAUCGGCUAAGUUCCACCUCCUCAAGGAAAUAGGCAACCACUCCAUCACCCGCGAAGACCUGGUAACUCUGCUGGCCCAGGUUCAGAUGAUGCUGAAUUCCCGCCCACUGACACAUAUACCAUCGCAACCACAAGACUUGGAGGUCCUUACGCCGGGCCAUUUUCUAGUCGGUACCAAUCUGCAAGCCGUCGUCGAAACAGACCUCAAAAAUGUUCCUGAUAAUAAGCUUACGCACUGGGAUUUGACACAAAAACGGUUCCAGAAUAUUUGGGCACGCUGGUACCCGGAGUAUUUACAGCAAUUACACACCCGGGCUACCAAAACAUGCCAAACACCAACAGACAUCCAAAUAGGACGAGUUGUCAUCAUUAAAGAGGACGACGUGCCACCUGUUCAGUGGCCACGUGGGAGAAUCAUUAAGACUCAUCCAGGAAAGGACGGGAUCAUCAGGGUCGUCACGUUGAAGACUGCGAGCUCGGACAACGUUGUUCGACCUGUCGCAAAACUUGCCUUCCUGCCUAUGCUAGAUAGCCGCCAGUUAGCAGAAUCAGCCGUCAAAGACCAGUAG